GUUUGCUUCCUCAUUUCAUAAUUGACAAAGCUGAGACGGUGAAACCUGACUGUUGAAGGGUGCAAGGUGUGAACCUGCUUAAGCAGGUACAACUGACAGGUGCUUGCAAAGAUGUCUAAAACUAACAAAUCAAAAUCUGGAUCCCGUUCUUCCCGUUCGAGGUCUGGAUCAAGAUCACGUUCACGCUCCUUCUCCAAAUCUCGCUCCCGUUCUCGUUCUGUCUCACGAUCAAGAAAACGCAGACUUAGUUCUAGGUCCCGUUCAAGAUCAUAUUCUCCAUCUCAUAACAGAGAAAGGAACCAUCCGAGAGUCUAUCAGAACCGGGAUUUCAGAGGUCACAAUAGAGGAUACAGGAGACCGUAUUAUUUUCGUGGCCGAAAUCGAGGGUUUUAUCCAUGGGGCCAGUAUAACCGAGGAGGAUAUGGGAAUUAUAGGUCAAACUGGCAAAAUUAUCGCCAAGCGUAUAGCCCUCGUAGAGGGAGGUCACGCUCUCGUUCACCCAAGAGAAGGUCUCCUUCACCAAGGUCUAGAAGUCAUUCGAGAAAUUCUGAUAAGUCAUCUUCUGAUCGGUCAAGGAGGUCUUCCUCUUCCCGGUCUUCCUCAAAUCAUAGCCGAGUUGAGUCUUCCAAGCGUAAAUCUGGAAAGGAGAAAAAGUCAUCUUCCAAGGAUGCCCGGCCACCUCAGGCUGCAGGAGAUAAUCAAAGUGAUGAGUCUAAGGAACAGCCAUUUUCAGGAGCAGUGACUCAAGACGUCAAGGCAUCUGAGGGAUCAAAACCAUGGCAAGAUAUGACCACCUAUGGUACAAGUUCAACGUCAAGAGCUUCUGUGUCUGAACUUAGCCCAAGGGAACGCAGUCCUGCAUUAAAAAGCCCUCUCCAGUCAGUUGUGGUGAGGCGUCGUUCUCCUCGGCCAAGUCCCUUGCAAAAGGCGAGCCCUCCACUGUCCAACCCAUCACAGAUGAGCUCUGCUUUACAAAGCAGCAGCACCUCCUUUCAGGCAGGCUCUCAUCAGAGUCCAUUUGACCAUGGCUCGGCAGGUUUGAGCCCGACAAGGAAGAGCCCUGUUUGCAAAAGUCCAACACCAAUCAGUUCGAUUUACAGUACAUCUCAGAAGGAGGAAACCACAGCUCCUGGAGGAGGAGCCUUCUCAAAAAGGUAUUUAGAAGAGCAGAAGACUGAGAAUGGGAAAGACAAAGAACAGAAAGUAACAAAUGUUGAAAAAGACAAAAAUAAAGAAAAAGGGAAUUUCUCUGAGUUGGGAUCAGCAGAUGGAAAGGCAAAAUCUGACUCCUAUGCAUCCAAAGCCGACUCCGAGAAGGGAUACCGUGGCAGCCAGUCACCCAAGCGCUACAAGUUCCGGGAUGACUUCGACAAGCUAAAGGUCCCGGAGUUCCACAAGGAAACUCAUUAUGGCAAAGAGGAGACAGAUGAGCAGGAAAAGAAAGACAAGGCAAAGGGCCGAAAAGAUUCUGAAUUUGAUGAUGAGCCCAAAUUUAUGUCUAAAGUCGUAGCAACUUCAAGCAAAAGUCAAGAAGAGGAUAGACCAGGAAAAUGGGAAGGCGUGGUGUUCUUGCCACCUGGAAAAGAGAAGCAAAGGAAACCUGAUGAAAUGGAGGAGGAAAGCUAUUCUGAAAGAUCAAAAAAAGAAGAGAGACCAGCAUCCAAGAGAGCUGAACCAGGUCACAGGGGGUUUGUUCCUGAAAAGAAUUUUAGAGUGACCACUUGCAAAUCAAGCCAGGAAAAAAGUUCUUCCCCCCCUCCAAGGAAGGCUUCUGAGGUAAAGGAGAAACCAGGCACCAAAGGAGAGGGGCUAGCUCCUGGCAAAUCCUCAUUUUCCAUUACUCGUGAGGCCCAGGUCAAUAUUCGAAUGGAUUCCUUUGAUGAAGAUCUUGCACGUCCAAGUGGCAUAUUGGCUCAGGAACGCAAGCUGUGUCGUGACCUUGUGCACAGCAACAAAAAAGAGCAAGAAUUUCGUUCAAUUUUCCAUCAUAUUCAGUCUGCUCAGUCUCAGCGAAGUCCUUCUGAACUGUUUGCUCAACAUAUAGUGACUAUAGUCCAUCACGUAAGAGAGCAUCAUUUUGGGUCUUCAGGAAUGACACUGAAUGAACGCUUUACCAAAUAUCUAAAGAAAGGAAUGGAACAAGAUGCAGCUAAAAACAAAAAGAGCCCUGAAAUCCACAGGAGGAUAGAUAUAUCUCCCAGUACUUUCAGAAAACAUGGGUUCUCUCAAGAGGAAACGAAAAGUUCCAGAGAUCCUGGCUUCAAGGCUGAAGGGAAAUAUAAGGACGACCCUGUUGACCUGCGCCUUGAUAUUGAACGCCGUAAAAAACAUAAGGAAAGAGAUCUUAAACGCGAUAAAUCCAGAGAAUCAGUGGACUCAAGAGAUUCAAGUCACUCAAGGGAAAGAUCAACUGAGAAAACGGAGAAAAGUCACAAAGGCUCAAAGAAAAAGAAACACCGUCGGGUACGUGAGAGAUCCAGAUCCAGUUCGUCAUCUUCACGGUCCUCUCAUUCAGUCAAAGCGGAGGAAUAUCCUGAGGAGACUGAGGAGAGGGAGGAAAGCACCACAGGCUUUGACAAGUCCCGACUUGGGACUAAAGAAUUCACUGGUCCAAAUGAGAGAGGAAGAGCUAGAGGGACCUUUCAGUUCAGAGCAAGAGGGAGAGGAUGGGGCAGAGGCAACUUCUCAGGCAACAAUAACAGCAACAGCGGUGGCAACAAUGACUUCCAGAAGCGAAACAGAGAUGAGGAGUGGGAUCCAGAGUACACACCUAAGAGCAAGAAGUACUACUUGCACGAUGACCGGGAGGGCGAAGGUGCAGACAAGUGGGUGAACAGAGGCCGUGGUCGGGGUGCUUUCCCCCGAGGAAGAGGUCGCUUCAUGUUCCGAAAGUCAAGCACCAGCCCCAAGUGGGCUCAUGACAAAUUCAGUGGAGAAGAAGGAGAAAUCGAAGAUGAUGAAAGUGGAACAGAAAACAGGGAGGAGAAAGACACCUUACAGACGACGGCUGAAUAG